AUGACGACGCACACGGGCGAGGAGCCGCACGCGUGCCGGGAGCGCGGCAAGGGCUUAGCGCAGCGUUCCAAUUUGAAGGUGCACGUCAGGACUCACACCGGAGAGCGGCCGCACGCGUGCCGGGAGCGCGGGAAGCGAUUCGCUCAGCGAUUCGCUCAGCGAUUCGCUCAGCCCUUCGCUCCGCGCUUCGCUCAGCCCUUCGCUCAGCCCUUCGCUCAGCGAUUCGCUCAGCCCUUCGCUCAGCGAUUCGCUCAGCGAUUCGCUCAGCCCUUCGCUCAGCGAUUCGCUCAGCCCUUCGCUCAGCGAUUCGCUCAGCCCUUCGCUCAGCGAUUCGCUCAGCCCUUCGCUCAGCCCUUCGCUCAGCCCUUCGCUAAGCGCUCAGCGCUUCACUCAGUGAUUCGCUCAGCGCUCAGCCCUUCGCUCAGCACUUCGCUCAGCCCUUCGCUCAGCGCUCAGCCCUUCGCUCAGCCCUUCGCUCAGCACUUCGCUCAGCACUUCGCUCCGUGA